UUCUAGCUAUACAAAGGCAACCAACAACCCCUCGAAACCCCAAACCCAGCACAAUGAACCCCUUCGUCUUUCUUUUUCUCCUCCCAACUCUCCUCCACCUCUCCCACACCUGCCUCUCUUCUCCGCCGCAAACCGCCGCCUCCGAGCUCUUCGAAGCUUGGUGCAAACAGUAUGGCAAGUCCUACCCCUCACCGCAAGAAAAGCUCCGCAGGCUCAGUGUGUUCGAGGGCAAUCUCAACUUUGUCACCCGACACAACGAAAUGGGGAAUUCUUCUUAUACCCUUUCUCUCAAUGCGUUUUCUGAUCUCACCCACAGCGAGUUCAAGGCCUCCCGAUUAGGCUUCUCGCCCUCGUUCAUCGGUCUUAAGCGUGAACCGGAUAGAAAACCCGGUUUAUUGGCUCGUGAUGUUCCUUCUUCGAUUGAUUGGAGGAAGGAAGGGGCGGUGACGAAGGUUAAGGAUCAAGGGAGUUGUGGUGCUUGUUGGGCAUUCUCAACUACUGGUGCCAUCGAAGGUAUCAACAAAAUUGUCACAGGUUCACUUCUCAGCCUUUCCGAACAAGAGCUGAUUGAUUGCGACAGAGUUUAUCCAAACAGCGGCUGCAGUGGGGGACUUAUGGACGAUGCAUUCGAAUUUGUCAUAGAAAACAAUGGGGUCGACACUGAGGACGAUUACCCGUAUAAAGGUUCGGAUGGCACCUGCAAUAAGAAAAAGUUGAAGAGACAUGCUGUGACCAUAGAUGAUUAUACUGAUGUGCCGCCAAAUGAUGAGGAACAACUUCUACAAGCUGUGGCAAAUCAGCCUGUGAGCGUUGGCAUAUGUGGCAGUGACAUUGCAUUUCAGUUGUACUCGAAGGGAAUUUUCACUGGUCCGUGUUCGAAUUCUUUGGAUCACGCUGUUCUAAUCGUAGGUUAUGGUUCGGAAAAUGGGGUGGACUAUUGGAUUGUGAAGAACUCAUGGGGAAAAGGUUGGGGAAUGAAUGGCUACAUCCACAUGCUACGUGAUCAUAGCAAUUCCCAAGGGGUCUGUGGCAUCAACAGUUUAGCUUCAUAUCCGAUAAAGACCGGGCAAAACCCUCCUCUUCCUCCGCCUUCUCCUCCCCCAGGUCCAACCAAAUGCGACCUCUUUACGCACUGCGCAGCAGGGGAAACCUGCUGUUGUGCCAAGAGGUUUAUUGGAAUAUGCUUUGCUUGGAGAUGCUGUGAGUUGAACUCUGCUGUUUGUUGCAAGGAUCACAAUCACUGCUGUCCCCAUGAUUAUCCCAUCUGUGAUACAGAAAGGGCGCUCUGCCUCAAGAGUAGCGAACUAUCAACGCAAUCCCAGGCUACUUCGAACGUAACAACAAAAGCGCUCAUGGGCAGAAGCGUUUUGAGGAAUUCGAGCCGGUAACUUAGUUGAGGGUUGGAUCCUUUGAACUUCCUUUGCAGAGUGUAGUGGUAAAUUUUUAAUGACAUGGUGAGGCACAUUUCUUUGCCACAGGAUACAGAUUCUGUAUAUAAAUUGCAAACGAACAACUCCUGUUGCACUCGCAAAUGCCAAUUUUGUCUAAAUUAUUCAUUGUUCAUGUAAUGUAACAUGUAAUAUUUACUCAGUCCAUCUGAAUAAAAUUUUAGUUCACCUCGCAACAAUGAGAGUAGUGA